UUCGGCGGUCGGACAUGGUGAGAGCGACAUCGCUUUGGGCACACAGCAGAAGGACGUCACCAUCAAGUCAGAUGCGCCUGACACCCUGCUGCUCGAGAAGCAUGCUGAUUAUAUCGCCUCGUACGGCUCAAAGAAAGAUGAUUAUGAAUACUGCAUGUCCGAAUACUUGAGAAUGAGCGGCGUCUACUGGGGCCUGACAGUGAUGGACCUCAUGGGGCAGCUUCAUCGGAUGAAUAAAGAGGAGAUACUGGUGUUUAUCAAGUCGUGCCAGCAUGAGUGUGGGGGAGUCAGUGCCAGCAUCGGGCACGACCCCCACCUUCUCUACACGCUCAGUGCUGUCCAGAUUCUCACUCUGUAUGAUAGCAUCCAUGUAAUCAACGUAGACAAAGUGGUAGCCUAUGUUCAGAGUCUACAGAAAGAAGAUGGUUCCUUUGCUGGAGACAUCUGGGGAGAAAUCGAUACAAGAUUCUCAUUUUGUGCAGUGGCAACUUUGGCUCUCUUGGGCAAACUUGAUGCUAUUAAUGUGGAAAAGGCCAUUGAAUUUGUUUUGUCCUGUAUGAACUUUGAUGGUGGAUUUGGGUGCAGACCAGGCUCUGAAUCUCACGCCGGACAGAUCUAUUGUUGCACAGGAUUCCUGGCCAUAACUAGUCAGUUGCAUCAAGUGAACUCCGACCUACUUGGUUGGUGGCUUUGUGAACGACAGUUGCCCUCUGGCGGACUCAAUGGAAGACCCGAGAAGUUACCAGAUGUGUGCUAUUCCUGGUGGGUGUUGGCCUCCUUAAAGAUAAUCGGGAGACUUCAUUGGAUUGACAGAGAAAAGCUUCGAAGCUUCAUCUUGGCAUGUCAAGAUGAAGAGACAGGAGGGUUUGCAGACAGGCCAGGAGACAUGGUGGAUCCCUUUCACACCUUGUUUGGCAUUGCUGGAUUGUCACUUCUGGGGGAAGAGCAGAUCAAGCCUGUCAGCCCUGUCUUUUGCAUGCCUGAAGACGUGCUGCAGAGGGUGAAUGUCCAGCCUGAACUAGUGAGCUAGUCCGAGGGGAAGAGCCUUCGGUGUGCAGUAUCAGUUACUGUGGUUAUCAAACCCAGAAGUGACUUAAUAUUUUGUAUAUCAUAUGUCAAUGAUAAAAUUAUAUAAGUAUUGUAAAAUAAAUGUCGUAUUUAGAUCUUUAGUGUUCUGAGUACAGUUUCUGUCAAUACUGUUUGUUAAUGUCUAACAGCAACAAACUUAAAAAGCUAGUAUUUAACUGCCACCUCCCUGUGUCCUUUUGACCUGUAACAAUGACGGGAAAUGAUUUCUGUUAAUAAAGAUGAUCAAAGUGAGUGAAACUCAUGAUUUAAAUAAAAGAUGCAUAAAAU